AUGACGCGGAGCGGAUGGUGGGUGUGCCGGCGAGGGCUGGAGCACGGCCUGUUGGUGGAGCAUCACCGGGAUUUGGGGGACUCCACUGGCAAGGGACAGAGGAGGGCCAAGCUGGGCAGCAUGGUGGGAGAGUCCCAGGUCAUCAGAGAUGUGAGCAGUCGGCGCUUCCGCCCAGUUCUGCACACGUUUCUGUGCGCUGGAAGUGUCCUUGCCCACCGGCGUGUGUCCUGUGUGAACGGAGCCCAGGAAGUGCGGGCACGCGCGGGAAAGUGCGGGUUGAGUGCGGCGCCGCUCGGAUCGCUCCGCUCGCGCCGCCCGCACACUCGCACUGAUCGGCGGCUGCCGGUGACGCGGGCUGGGCCCGCCCCUAGCCCCUCCGACGGCGCCCGCGACGACGACGAGGAUGUCGAUCAGCUCUUUGGAGCCUAUGGCGCCAGCCCCGGCCCCGGCCCAGUCCCCAGCCCGGGGCGGCCGCCCGCCAAGCCACCCGAGGACGAGCCGGACGCCGACGGCUACGAGUCCGACGACUGCACUGCCCUGGGCACACUGGACUUCAGCCUGCUCUACGACCAGGAGAACAAUGCCCUGCACUGCACCAUCACCAAGGCCAAGGGCCUGAAGCCGAUGGACCACAAUGGGCUGGCAGACCCGUACGUCAAGCUGCACCUGCUGCCAGGAGCCAGUAAGGCAAAUAAGCUCAGAACGAAAACUCUCCGAAACACUUUGAACCCCACGUGGAACGAGACCCUCACUUACUACGGGAUCACAGACGAAGACAUGAUCCGAAAGACCCUGCGGAUAUCCGUGUGUGAUGAGGACAAAUUCCGCCACAACGAGUUCAUCGGGGAGACCAGGGUGCCCCUGAAGAAGCUGAAGCCCAACCACACCAAGACGUUCAGCAUCUGCCUAGAGAAGCAGCUGCCGGUGGACAAGACGGAAGACAAGUCCCUGGAGGAGCGGGGCCGCAUCCUGGUCUCCCUCAAGUACAGCUCGCAGAAGCAGGGCCUGCUGGUUGGCAUCGUGCGCUGUGCCCACCUGGCCGCCAUGGACGCCAACGGCUACUCAGACCCCUACGUGAAAACAUACCUGAAGCCAGAUGUGGACAAGAAAUCCAAACACAAGACAGCAGUAAAGAAGAAAACCCUGAACCCAGAGUUCAACGAGGAAUUCUGUUACGAGAUUAAGCAUGGGGACCUGGCCAAGAAGACCCUGGAGAUCACCGUCUGGGAUUAUGACAUUGGAAAAUCCAAUGAUUUCAUUGGCGGCGUGGUUCUAGGCAUCAACGCCAAGGGAGAGCGCCUGAAGCACUGGUUUGACUGCCUGAAGAACAAGGACAAGAGGAUAGAGCGCUGGCACACACUCACCAACGAGCUCCCGGGGGCCGUGCUCAGCGACUGACCCGCCCCGCCUGCCCG